AUGAACCAGUAUUUCCUCGGAGAUCUACCAUCAGUAAUCAGCUUCGACAUUAUCUUAAGACUCCCUCCUCGAGCCAUUGCAAUCAGCAAGUGUGUUUGCAAGCCGUGGCUCCAAUUUCUUGAGGCUGAUGAUUUUGUCAGUUUCCAUCUCUCUAAAUCCGCCCCUGCCCUAGCUGCGCUGACGAUAGAAGAUGAUUCGAACUGGUGCAAAGUCUUCCAAAUAGAAGACGAGCUCGAUCACGGCCGCGAUCCACUCGCCAAGUCUGCUAUCCCUCAUGGAUAUACAAUAGGGGGCUCUGCUAACGGUUUACUUCUUCUAACUUUCUAUCCCGAUUAUGUUUAUGUAUGUAAUCCUUUCACUCGUGAACUCUGCGAUCUCCGCUCGCUUCCAAAAGGAGUUGCUUACGGAUUUGGGGCGAGCCGAGUAACUGGCCGGCAUAAGGUGGUCUCGAUUAGCCCUAAUUCCGACUGUCAUGUAUACACACUUGGAACGGGAUCGUGUAGACGCGUUGAAGCUGCGCCGUUUCAGUACUCUUCUGGUUCUGGCUCCUUUGGUGUAUUGGUUAAUGGCAACCUGCAUUGGUUAGUAUCAUCGGGGUCAGUUGACACCAACUUGAUUUCAUGUUUCGAUGUUGAAACAGAGUGUUUCAGCACAUUUCCUGCUCCUCCUCUUGGGAGUUCCAGAAAACCGUGGCGCUUGUAUAAUGUGAGGGACUGCCUUUGUUUUUGUGAAGAAUCGUUUCACAACUUGAAUGCGGCUGAGGAUAAGAUUAAUAUCUGGUUGGUGAAGGAUUAUGAAGUCGAUAAGUCUUGGAGCAAGCAGUAUGUGAUCUGCCAAGACCCUGACUUUGAUAUAUUCGAUACUGGAUUUCUUCAGCCUAUCAAGCUUCUCAGUAAUGGCGACCUCUUGAUCUUGUGUAACGAGACGAUGUUUAUCUACUACUCCAAGGAGAGUGAGACCACUAAAGAAAUUAAACUGCUUGGUGCAGGGGAAGAAUAUUACUCUAUGGAUCUGACGCUUCUCACUCCAACCUUUCUUUCACUCAGAAGAAGUUUGGGGAUGGAGAAUGUAGUAAUCUUAAUUUGA